AUGGGGAUCUUCGCUGCAUUUCUGAAGGUGGAGCUCGCGGUCUUGUUCAAGGACUUUGGCCUGAAGGCAGUCAGGAUACGGCAGAACUCCUCUGCAAAAAGUUUCGCAUUUCUUGAAAUGGCGUCCCCUGAGGCAGUACAGCUUGCCGUGCAGACGCGGAAUGGGGUGAUGGUGAAAGGACAGCGGAUGGUUGUGGCUGUUUCCGAGGAGAGGAGAAGUCCCGAGUACAGAAAGAACCACACGGAGAUGCCGGAUUUGGAGCCAGUCCCUGAUGGAUUGCCCGUAGGCAAUGGUGACCUUGUUCCAAAACCCGGCGUCCAGACCGUACCACCUCCAACAAAGAAGAACCUUUAUGCGAUUCCUGUAGAGAUGAGAUGUUCCUUCCUGACGCAGAUGUCGCGGGACUGCUUCAAGGACCUGGGCUGGCUGAGAUCCAUUUCCAGCAUCUCUGGAGAAGCGGCACUCCUGGUGACCGACACGGUGCCGCAGACUCCGUUCUUCUGGGCGAUUCACCUCACAGAGGAAAGCCUCCGAAACAUGCAGAAGCUGUUCAGCGCUUUAGCAGAAGUUGAAUCCCAGAUGCCCUUCCUGACAAAACAGGAAGUCCAGCGGGGGACACGGUGUAUGGCAGAGUGCAUUCUGGGGAAAGAAGGCGGAGCCUGGAACAGGUGCUGGGUUUUGGACAAGGUGGGGAACUUGGCCAUGGUGUUCUUUGUGGAUUUCGGCCGCUCGGCCACCGUCCCGCUGAACGCCCUGCGGAGGCUGGACAAGGAUGACUUCUGGACGAUCCAGCCUUUGGCACAGCCGUUCGUGCUCCACAAAGGUAGGCAGCGGGAGUGUGAGAGGUAG